AUGAAGACGCUCAUUUUUCUCAUCGUUUUAAUUGCCUACGUGGCAGGUAGACCUUCUAUUUUUUCAAGGCAAAAUGAAGAAGAAAAAGAAAAUAAGGAAAAGGAGGAGGAGGCCAAGGAAAAAGCAGAGAAAGAAGCCAAAGAGAAAGCAGAGAAAGAAGCCAAGGAAAAAGCAGAGAAAGAAGCCAAAGAGAAAGCAGAGAAAGAAGCCAAGGAAGCCAAAGAGAAAGCAAAAGCACCCGUAAAACCCCACAACAGCAAGAACAAGGAAAAGGAAGAAGAAAAAGAAAAAGAAGAAGAAGGAAAAGAAGAAGAAGAAGAAAAAGAAGAAGAAGGAAAAGAAGAAGAAGAAAAGGAGGAAGAGGAAAAAGAGAAAGAAAAAGAACAGAAAGAAGUAGAGGAUGCAGCAGUAUUUAAAAGAAAAUACCGGCCCAGGUUUCUAAGAUACCGGAAGUUUUAAAGACAAAUCGAACAAGAAGUUUUUUGUUUCAUCUACUUUUUGAUAUUCAAAUAUCAAACUUUCGAAACCUUGGCUGAUCUUCAGGAAUAUGAAGUAGAACAAAAUUCGAAAGUUUCAGGACUUUUGACCUGUUUUUUUUGAAUAUUUUAUUCCAGCUGCACAAGUGUUAAUUUUAUACCAAAUCUUCAUCACCUUUGUAACCAGGUUAAAUGAAAUAAACUAUGUAAUGCAAGAUCGAUAAAAUGAAAUUUCAAAUAUCAAAAUAAAAACUUUGUCUUGAAGGACUAACCCCACUAGCCUAAUCCAGUUCUCCCCAGUUGCAACUCUAACCUCUCCCCGCACGAAUAAUUUGUAGAUUUUGCUUCUUAAUAACGUAAUAAAUAGAGAUAACUAGCUAAAAACUA